CUUUUUGGACUCUUCUCACGCCUCAGGCCAGCAGCAAAAAUGCUUAUUCCCAAGAAGAACCGCAGGGAGGUGUACAAGUACCUCUUCAAGGAGGGCGUCCUUCAGGCGGAGAAGGACUUCAACCUCAAGGAGCACCCGGAGAUCGCCGGCGUGCCCAACCUGCAGGUCAUUAAGCUGAUGCAGAGCUUCAAGUCCAAGGAGCUGGUGACCGAGCGCUUCUCGUGGAGGCACUACUACUGGUUCCUGACCAACAAGGGUAUUGACUACCUGCGCGAGUACCUGAACCUGCCCAGCGAGAUCGUGCCCGCCACCCUCAAGAAGUCCAACCGCCCCCUGGAGCGCGGCCCCCCGAUGCGCGGCGACCGCCCCCCUCGCCGCGAGGGUGGCUUCGGUGGCCCCGGCGGCCGCGAGGGCUACCGCGGUGCUCCCCGCGAGGGUGCUGGCUUCGGCCGCGGUGCCGACAAGGCCGGUGCCCCUGGCUCGUACCAGCCCCAGUUCGGCGGCGGCCGCGGUGGCCCCCAGUAAACGGGCCACGGCUGCGCUACCCACGGUGGUGCGACACCGGGCUUGUCCAGCGUUGUAAUUGCUGAUUGGCUAACCUGGAUGCGUUGCCGC